AUGGAGAUAAGGAAAUGGCCAGGAGGAUCUACAAAAUGGGAGGAAAGCAUUUUGUGGAAAUUAUCUAUUCCAAAUGCGGCGAAAAAAAUUUUCUGGAGAGUUUGCCAAAAUUUACUACCCACUAAGGAAAAUUUACUCAGGCGAAAGGUGGUGAAAGAACCUUUUUGCCCCAUUUCUGAGCAGGAACUAAAGACUAUUCUUCAUGCUCUAUGGGAUUGUUCAGCUGCAAGAGACAUAUGGGGCUGCAGUAGAAGGGUCUUCCAAAAGAUGACCAUGGAGGGACGGAGCUUCAUGCAGACUAUGGAAAGUAUCUUUUCAAAAUGUGACCUGGACGAUUUUGCUAUGUUUGCACAGUUAUCGUGCCACGUAUGGUUCUGUAGAAACAAAUGGGUUCAUGAAGGAACUUUCGUUGAUCCCAACCUUAUUCUCCAAAAAACGGUAGAGGACAUAAUGACCUAUGCCCAACUACAACAGAAGGAACCAGCUGAAAAUAAUGUAUCUACUCAUUUGAAGGCGUGGUUGGCUCCUACCCAAGGUUGGUACAAGGCGAAUUGGGAUGUGGCCAUAGAUAAAUUAAAUGAAAGGGUGGGGAUCGGAGUUGUGCUCAGGGACGAGAAAGGGCAAGUGAUCGCUACUAUGUGUAAAACGAGGAUGGGUAUACUGGAGCUAGCAAUGGGGGAAGCAUAUGCCGCCUAUCAUGCGGUUUUUUUAUGUAGGGAUAUGGGAGUACAAAAUUUAAUUUUGGAGGGCAAUGUGAAACAAAUUGUGGAGGCUAUCAACUCAGCUACGGGCACAUGGAGUCUUUUUGGGCAUUUAAUUGAAGAUACAAGGCGUGUACUACUCACUCUACCAAGGUGGAAUUGCGUCUUUGUUUCUCACGAAGCAAAUGAGGAGGCUCAUAGGAUGGCGAAAGUGGCCACUACUGAUGUCAAUGAUAGAAUUUGGAGGGGUACCACUCCUAAUUGUAUUAGUGAUAUUAUUUUGAUGGAGCAAUUAGCUCUAUCUCGAUGA